AUGUUUAUUCGACAAGCUUCGGUUUUCGCUCGUAACAUACAAAAAGAAAUAACCUUAAAUGGAUUAACGAGGGGUUACAAGUUUAAAAAAACAAUUGUAGAAUGUCCUGUAAAGUACAACAUUCGUCUUAAUUCAAGCGAUUCUACAAUAAUGAACCAACCACAAAAAUCAUCUGUCGUCAAGGAGGAAGAAAAUUCAUCGAUUUGUAUCAACAGUACACAAACUCAUACGAAUUCAUCAAUCGCAAAAUCAACAAAAUCAACAAAAUCAAAACUUCAUGGAAAUCGAUGGAAAUUUAUCCAUAGGAAUUAUUUUAAUUAUAGAACAUUACAUUCAAUAAAAUGCAAGUGGGAUAGAGUCAAACUUAAGUAUGAAAAUAGUCGUAAAACAAUUUUAUCAGAAUGGACACCAGAAGAAGAUGAAAUAUUGUUAAAGGCUGUUGAAAAAUAUGGCAAAGGGAAGUGGAGAAAAAUUUCAAGAAUAUUACCAAAUAAAAAUGCGCUACAAGUGUAUAGAAGAUAUUAUUUUAUAAAACAUACAAAACGCGGUAAUUUUACCGAAGAAGAAGAUAAUUUGUUAUGUAACUUGUUAAUAAAAUAUGGUGGAAAUUAUUGGCAAAGGAUUGCAGAGGAAAUGAAUAGACCUGUUCAUACUAUUAUGAAACAUUACAAAUUUGUUUUAUUAAACGAUGCUAAAUUUUCAACAUGGACCGAUCAAGAGAAUGAAUUAAUUAGCAAUUCUAUUUUAAAAUAUGGUAAAGAUUGGAAAAAAAUUCAAAAUUUGUUACCUCAUCGUUUACGUCGUUCUAUUAAAGAACAUGUUAGGUUUUGUUCUUUUGCUGAUCCGCAUUAUAAUAGCGGUUUCUGGGCAAUUGAUGAAACUAUGAGAUUGGUUAAGGCUGUUAGAUUAUAUGGAAAAAGUUGGCAAGAUGUUUCAAAAGUUGUCAAAACAAGGUCUCCUUUUCAAUGUCGUAUCUAUUUUAGAGAUGUCUUUACAAGAAAAGGUCGAGAACCCUAUAUUUUAAAUUUGGAACUUGAAGGAAUCAAACAAAUAUUUCCUACCGAGGAUCAAGCGAUCCUGGAAAAACUUGCAGCAGAACAAGUAUUAAUGGAGUUAAGAUCUCCGGAAUCAGAAUCAGAAUAUUUUGCUCCCGAGACAACUUCUACAGAACACAAUUCUAGAAAUUUAAACGAGACUUCUUAG